GGUCAAGGAUGGUGUAAAGAAGAAGAUUUCUGUAAGUCGAUAUACUGAGUUUUAUUGAGCUCAGGCUGAGAUCGUACACAAGCGCUCGAACCUGAAUAAUUCCGUGACACAAGGUGCCAAUCCUCAAUCGGUGGACACCGCACUUCAGCAUGCCCGUGAUGGUGCACAUAAGAUGAAUCCACUUUUUGGACCCGCGAGAUCAGUAGCGUCCGCAGGCAAAAAUGCACCAGCAGCUCUCGAUGAUGCGGCCAAUGUGGAGGCUACAUAUCUUCAACCCCUCAGGAUAUUCGACACUGUGAUCGGGAAACUCACAGAAGUACAUCCGUAUGCAAAGAUGGCAUUGGGUGUGUUGUCUUGUGCAUCUACAAUAAUUCUCGCUCAAGCGGAUCGCGACGACGCGAUACUCGGCCUUCUCAAGAAGCUGGGUGAAGUGUACGACUUCAUGAUGCAAGACGACACACUUCACAAGAUUUCGUCGAUGAGCACUAUUUUGGGACAGAUCUCUCAGCAGACCCUUGAAUGCGCCCAUUUCAUCAGGGAUUAUUCGGAGAAGAAAAACUUUUGUCAGUCUCCAACCAGUUGUUACAUUUAGCGGUUUUUCAAUCUUAUCAUAGGGAAGAGACUCGGAAAGAACGUCGUCUCGGAAACAGACGACACGAUAAAACGGUUAUAACAAUGUGUUGGAUGCGCUCAUGCAAAACUUCCGGGACCAAGUUACUCGCGACGUAGCCGUCUACAUCCAACGUACAAGCGAAAUACUCGACCUCGGCGGUAUGGCUUAUGCAGAGGGCGCAGGACUGGACACUAGGAAGCGAUGCCUGCCAGGGA